AUGGCGAUUACAAGACUCGAAUUGAAGCGCAUAGAGGACAAGAAUCCGGAAAGCCAGGGUAAUCUGCUCAGUACACCUUGUAUUCUAAAAAAAAAAAAAAAAAAAAAAAACUUUGCAAAAAAAAAAAAAAAAAAAACUAGAAAAAAAAAAAAAAAAAAAACUAGAAAAAAAAAAAAAAAAAAAACUAGAAAAAAAAAAAAAAAAAAAACUAGAAAAAAAAAAAAAAAAAAAACUAGAAAAAAAAAAAAAAAAAAAACUAGAAAAAAAAAAAAAAAAAAAACUAGAAAAAAAAAAAAAAAAAAAACUAGAAAAAAAAAAAAAAAAAAAACUAGAAAAAAAAAAAAAAAAAAAACUAGAAAAAAAAAAAAAAAAAAAACUAGAAAAAAAAAAAAAAAAAAAACUAGAAAAAAAAAAAAAAAAAAAACUAGAAAAAAAAAAAAAAAAAAAACUAGAAAAAAAAAAAAAAAAAAAACUAGAAAAAAAAAAAAAAAAAAAACUAGAAAAAAAAAAAAAAAAAAAACUAGAAAAAAAAAAAAAAAAAAAACUAGAAAAAAAAAAAAAAAAAAAACUAGAAAAAAAAAAAAAAAAAAAACUAGAAAAAAAAAAAAAAAAAAAACUAGAAAAAAAAAAAAAAAAAAAACUAGAAAAAAAAAAAAAAAAAAAAACUUUGCAAAAAAAAAAAAAAAAAAAACUACUAAAUAUGUCAGUCAUUGUCUUGGGCCUAGAGUACUAGACCAAACAACUAGAGAUGACUUGGGGACGGGCCAAAAAUUGUGCAAUGAAAGAUCUUUUUCACGAAUUAUAAGGCCCAUCUGCCCAAGUAGUCAGGGAGAAUAUUAA